AUGAGCGCCAUCAAGGACCAUGUCCUUGUGGGUUCUGGCUUUAUAGACUCGGGCCCUAAAGACUCAGUGGCUACCAGAAGCAGAAGCCCGGCCCCUGCGGUAUACAACCGCAGAAUAUCAGGACGCCAGAAGCCAAAAGCCACUUCACCCCAAAGAGGACCAGUGGUUCCUCGAUUGAAGCUUACCAAGCCACGAAAGCCCAAGUCAAAUUCUUUGGAGGUCGAUUGGGAGGAAGAUCUGCGCCCCACGCCAAAUGAGAGCAAAGACAAUCAAGAAGCUGUUGCUUCAGCCUCAGGGGGACCAGGUACAACUGACAAAAAGUCGACGGGCAAGCGAGAGAUACAAUUCAAAGAUCCAGCAGUCUUGGCCAAACGCAGGAAAACUAAUCCCAAGGAGAGCGCCACUGCUAUGAAAAACAACAUUAAGGUGCCUCAAUUGCCAUUGAUAACUCUCGACACCGUUGUUGCGCCUACGGCCCAGGACAAGGCAUUUGUUGGCUUGGGUAUUUCCAAUGGAGGCUCUGCCAUAAAGAACAUUGGGGACAUGCCAGAGGCUUCCCAUCGAAAGCUUCCGCAGAACAAUGGGCCUUUCGGGAAUGCGAACAAGGGCAAACAGCCUGUUGUCAUUGAGAUACCAAGCUGCACAUCGGUAUCAUCUGGGACACCCUUUUAUCCUGAUUAUGAAGACCAAGGACCGUUUCGCGAAACUACCUCGAAAGUCAGUAUCAUGGAAUAUAGGGCACAAUCUCAAAUUCAAGGAAACCGGGAAAACCCGGUUUGUAAGCGACCAACAACUGCUUCAAGUUCAGAUAUCGAUUACUUGGGAUCAUCUCGGCCUAGUGCUUCGAAAGUCACCAUCUUACAGGCAAGGAUACAACCCAAGAGACAAACCCGCAAGGCCAAUGUUGCCCAUGACAAGAAGGGAUCGGGUCGGCAUGGCAGAGCAGAGUCUGUUGGCAGUAAAUUGAUGCUUGCACUUCAAGGAGCAAUGGUUUCCUCGCAAUCUCAGGCAAGCGCAGAGAAAGAGGCGAUUAUUGUUCGCCGUUCGAAUACCCCGACCAAUCCAGUACAGACUGAGGAGCCAUUUGAUAAGCAAUCUUUGGAACACCUACCUGCAGAGGAGCCGACGAAGAUACUGGAGGUGGAUCGGGCUCAAGAUGACACAAAACUCAAUGAAAAGAACGAACAACAAGCCGAUCCCGAUCCUGGCAACGAGGAUUCUAUGGACCGGACAAACCAACCCAGUAUUGAAGAGCACCAGCAGACAGAUUUGACGCAACUUUGGGAAUCUUUGUCCAGCACACAUGGUGACUCCUCUGACCUCGAAGUUGGCAGAGGCUUGGUGGGCGAUCAUCCCUCAGUACUUGACUACCACAUGGAAAUGGAACAUCUGCCAGGAUUUGCAGCGCUAGAACCUAUCAGAUCCCUGCCGAAUACAUCUUCUCAAGCCACUAACCUCUACCAGAGCCAGGACGACACAUCAUCGGAGACCUCGAGCGCAGAAAUGGCAACAGAAAUUCAAGAGAUCACAGCGGCAAGUGCUCAAGGACGAGAAUAUACUCUAACCCCUGAGUCUCAGAAGCCUCUAUUGGCCAAUGAAGUCCUGAUGGAACUUGAUUCGUCUCCAAAGCCCCCGAAAUCCGUACCAAAAGCCAGCAUUGUCGACAGCAACGGUAGUCCCCGACUGAUGCUUAGGCACACCAAGAAUGCAGAUGUGCCUGAGCUUGCCCUGGAAGACGACCCUAACCACAAAGAAGAGAUCAGGGCUACGGACUCCAGACCAAGUCAAUACAGCCGAAGCUCCUGUGACUUGGCUACCGAUGAUACACAUGAUAGUCUCGUGUGGACCAAGUUCCAGAGAGACAUGUUCCUGGAAUACGGGAUUCAAACCGAGAAACUAAAGCAGACAAGACUCGAUCCCCGGCCUCUGUCAGUCUAUCAUCCCCCAUCGCUCCCCCAGGAAGGUACUGCCGAGGCUAUGGACGCCGAUCGAACAUCAAAUUCUUCCCAGAGAACGCUUGACGAGAAGAAGCUGAAAACUUCUGCAUCGGAGAAUCGUGGCCCAAUUGACAGGACAUGGUGUCACAAGGCCCCGGAAUCGCAUCGGGCCAAUCCUGAAUCGCAGCCAUCCACACUGGCGCAUGAUCCGAUGGAAUGGAUCACCGCCCUCGGGGUCGCACAAAAGAAUGCGCACGACUUGCUGCACGAAACUAACUCGCACCUUUCAACCCAGCUCGCUGCAGAAAAGGCGACUAUCACUCAAGUGCUGGAGAUAUACCGCAAGGGAUGCGGUCAGAUUCUCGAUGACCUAUUCCAGGCCCAGGAAGUGCGCAUGCAGAUGUACCAGCAGCAAAUGCAAUAUGUCAAGGGUCAGCAUGCUCUGAUUUGCGAAGACAUGUCCACAUUUAUCAAUGGGCCCGCCGUGAUUGGAAGUGCAACACCGGUCACCGAGGAUCACGUGGACCGACAUCGGUUCGUUGUUCGCACCCCCCCACAAUAUGUCGGUGAGUCAACCCCUCAUGAAUUGCCCCUCCGCCCUCUGACGUCGACGCAGUUCUUCAUUGACAACCCUAAUGUGGGUAACCACAGCCACUUGGAAGACUCUCGAAUUCUCGGCUACAACCCUCUCACCCCUCCCAACCUGCUCCAACAUGAAAUCGCAUUGACCGACAAGUCACGGGAAACCGUCCUUAAGGGCCGUGACGAGGCCGUGGCCGUUGUGCACGGCACAGACACCGAGCGCCAGCGUCUAAUGGUUGUAAUUGGACCCUGCUCCAUUCACGACCCAGAAAUGGCACUCGAGUACUGCGAUCGCCUGAUGAAGAUGAAGGAGAAGUACGCCGACGACCUGCUGAUCGUGAUGCGCUCGUACCUCGAGAAGCCCCGCACAACAGUCGGCUGGAAGGGCCUGAUCAACGACCCGGAUAUCGACAACAGCUUCAAGAUCAACAAGGGUCUCCGCAUUUCGCGCCAGCUCUUCGUCGACUUGACCAACAAGGGCAUGCCCAUCGCCAGCGAAAUGCUCGACACGAUCUCUCCCCAGUUCUUGGCUGAUUGUCUGUCCGUCGGUGCGGUCGGUGCCCGUACGACCGAGUCUCAGGUCCACCGUGAGCUGUCGUCUGGUCUGUCCUUCCCCGUCGGAUUCAAGAACGGUACCGAUGGCUCGCUCGAUGUUGCAGUCGACGCCAUUGGCUCUGUUAAGCACCCCCACCAUUUUUUGUCCGUCACUAAGCCCGGUGUCGUCUCUAUUGUCGGCACUGUCGGUAACCCUGACUGCUUCGUUAUCCUGCGCGGAGGCAAGAAGGGCCCUAACUACGAUGCUGCCAGCAUUGCCGAUGCUAAGGCUAAGCUUAAUGCUAAGGGCAUGCGUCCCCGUCUUAUGGUCGAUUGCAGCCACGGUAACUCUGAGAAGAACCACAAGAACCAGCCCAAGGUUGCUGCUGUCCUUGCUGAGCAGCUUGCCGCUGGUGAGGAUGCCAUCAUGGGUGUCAUGAUUGAGAGUAACAUCAACGAGGGCAACCAGAAGGUCCCCGCAGAGGGCAAGUCCGGUCUCAAGUACGGUGUCAGUAUCACAGAUGCUUGCAUUAACUGGGAGGACACCGAGGAUGUGUUGGAAGUUUUGGCCCAGGGUGUUCGUGCCCGCCGUGCGAAGACAACCAAAUAA